AUGAGUAAAUCUUUUUGGGGGGCCAGCAUUCACCCCACUACACAAAGUAAUAUCCCUGACCCUACUAUCUCCGUAGGGUUCAACCUCUCUGCAGAGAUGGUAGCCCGGCCUGAAGGGAAAGUGAGCAUGUACCAUCACCUUGUAGAGACACUCAAGUUCGCAGUAGGGCAGAGGUGGCGGCUAUGGGACCCUCGUAGUCACCCAGGGAUACAGAACACCUCCCAGGACCUUCUGGGGGAGGCUCUAGCCCAGCACAUCCGCCAGCAGAUCGAUGGCCGCGGCGACCACCAGCUCAACCACUACAACCUGUCCGGGGUCAGGGGCAACAAGAUGGGCACCUCUCAUGUGUCCGUGUUGGGAGAGGACGGCAGUGCCGUGGCAGCAACCAGCACCAUCAACACACCGUGUGUGGGACCUGGGCAGGGA